GUUACCGAGCGUUACCCGUGUCACACCCUAGAGCCUCAUCAAAGAGGCUAGAAGGGCGUUAUCAUCAUAAUUUCUUGCUGCUACUUUUACUGUGAGUCAGCCGAACCAUAGCAUUUGUUGAUGCUCAACUCAACGCGUCCAACAUGAUGAGCACAACAUUUGCCACAAUUUUCGUGUUGGCAAUUUCGUAUGUAACGAUGUGCACUGCAUAUGAAGACGACAAAGAACCGAUUUGGAAUUUUGACGACAUCCUAUCCCAGAGAUCUCAUGCUGAAAAGCAGCAAGAUAGAGAUGAGUCAUCAGAAAUUUUGAAAUUCGCCUUGCCCGGUGUCCACCCGACGAAGGAAGACAUGCACCUCUGUACUGCUGUGGAUCUCCGUAGAAAGGAAGAAUAUAUUGUUGCAAUUAAACCCCUUGUUGACAUGCACACAGUCCACCAUUUGAUGAUAGUUGGAUGCUCAGAGCCAGCAAAUUAUGCUUUUGCUAAUGAUGGAAAAUAUUGGACAUGUGGAGAAAGUGGACUCAAAAAAUGCAGCCAUGGUUCUACUGAUGAAAUACUGUAUGCUUGGGGAAGAAAUGCCCCAGAGUUGGACUUACCACCUGACACUGCCAUUGAAGUGGGUGGCAAAUCUGAUCAUAGUUACCUUGUCCUUGAAGUUCACUAUGCAAGUGUAGACAAGUUUUUAGCUGAUCCUACUCUAAAAGAUUACGCUGGGGCAGAAUUGCACAUGACGUCAGUACGACCCAGUCAACUGGCUGCUGUAUUUCUCUUACAACCAUUUGGAGACAUUCCACCAAAGAAGAAAGCUUGGCAUUUUGACAUUGGAUGUCAAUAUCAUGAUGGACCAGUCUUACAUCCUUUUGACUUUAGAGUCCACACUCAUGGCAUCGGGACGGUAGUGACUGGCUACAGAAUACGUGAUGGAAAAUGGACUCUAAUAGGUAAAAUGGAUCCACAGCGACCACAGGCAUUUUACCCAGUUGAUAAUCUAGUGGAUAUAAAAAGUGGAGACACUAUAGCUGCCCGUUGCACUUUCAAUUCAAUGCAGAGAAACAGAGUAACACACUCAGGAUUAACCCAUGAAGAUGAAAUGUGCAAUUUUUACAUGAUGUACUGGUAUGAUCCAAAACAAGGAAAGGCAGCCAGCAAUCACAGAGACUUCUGUCAGCUUCUGGAUCCAAAGUACCUUGAUUACCCAGCAGAUUCUGAUGUUCCACUACCAACUAAAAGAGCAAAACUGGCAAUGAAAUAAACCUUGACAAAAGUAUGGGUCAGCUGUGAGCUCAGAUGAAACUGAUCGAUAUUAAAAGGAACUCCCAAGAACUACCUUUUUAUAUUUUCGCGUUAGUUGUACCUUACCUGUGAUCAGAUUUAAGGCGGAGCAAGGACCUCUAUGGGACAUUCUGUCUAAGAAAUCAUGUGUUGUCAGAUGUAUGCCUAUAACUUGCUUUUGGUGAUACCAAGAGAAAAUCAGUUCAACUAGGUUCACAUGUCCACCUCACAAAAUCAAAAUUGGAAACUAUACUUGCCCCUUUGUACAGAAAAAGAUAUUACGUCUCAGCUUCAGACCCCAGUUUUUAGACUAAAAAAUCACUUCUAUGGACCAGUUUCAUGGAAACCGUACGAAAACUACUCUCUGGCGCGUCGGACCGCCAGCGUGGAUUUGCAAGACAGAGGAAAGUUGGGGAGAGGAUAAAUUUCCACCGGAGCGGGGUCCCUACGAAGUGGCUGAUGAGGAUAUAGGAAAGAUCCAACUCAGAAAGUAUACCUCAUUGUUAAAAAGAAAAGAAAAUUAAAAAAGAAUAAGAAAUUUUGAGGACUAUUUUUGAAAUUCGGCAUUAUUGCACAUUUUUCCGGUAAGUUUAUCAACAAGCAAAUUAUGUGUAGUCAUAAUUUAUUCCCCCUUUCUGGAGAGAAAAAAAUGAUACCUCCUUGUCGAUCAGUUGAGUACCAAAAUCACAGCUUCUGUUUUAGUGUGUUUUUUCAGGAAGAUGUUUCCAAGUUUAAGAAAAGAAACAAAAAUUUUCCUUUGACUUCCAGCUGUGCAGUAUUAUUAGUGUAGCUCACCCAACUAUUUUUUCAUACAGAACUGCUAACUUGCCUCUGUUGUUGGUGUUUUGUCUCACACUUACGAAUUGGUCAACAGACGUUAACAAGCGAUUUCUUUGAAAUAAACUUAAAGUUUUUAAUUUUA